ACCAGGGCCCAUUACCGCAGUAUAGUCGUCGUUGACUCCCGAGUUUCAACCCAUCUGCAAACGAACAUUAUAGCGUGGAGGUUAUGUUGUUACUGUGCUUUGUUUAUAGCAGCCGAUCAGUUCAUUUGCUAGUGCUCGACUCUUGGCGUGGGAAGAGAUUCACAUUCGCAAUAUACCACAGUAAGAGAGACGCGAAGAGUUUGAAGAGAGCUUCGCUUCGCUUGAUUUCUGAAACGGCGAAAUCCGAACAUGGUGAACUACUGGCUGAUGAUCACUGCCGAGUUUGAGAACGUCGCCACUCUCCAGCCUCAGGGCGGUUGCGACGAUCCUUCUUUCACCUAUUUCUUCAAGAUGAAAUGUGGAAGCUGCGGGGAGCUGACCGAUAAGGAAACUUGUGUUGCUUUGGAGAGAUCGGUUCAAAUUCCGGGUAGCAAGGGCACUGCUAAUCUUGUUCAGAAGGCGUAUCAAUCAGUUAUGAGGAUGGAUCUUGCUAGCAGUAAGCACAGAGUAGUUCCAAUUGCUACAGUGGCUAAGGUCAUGUCGUGCAAGUUUUGUGAGAGGGAAGGAACUGUGUCCUUGAUCCCGGGGAAAGGUAAACCACUCACCCAGGAACUCAGUGAAGCUGGGAAGUAUACAGGAUUGAUGAUGUUCGAUUGCCGAGGUUACGAGCCUGUGGGAUUUCUCUUUGAGGGUGGAUGGAUGGUUGAAACAGCUGCAGGGACUAAAUUCGAGGACAUUGACUUGUCUGACGGGGAGUUUAUGGAGUACGACGAGAAGGGAAAGUGCUCAGUCAUGAUAUCGAACCUCAAAUCUGGAUUUGUGGUUGCAAAGGGGAAAUGAUUGGUCUUUCUGCAUGCAUCAUCUGCAAAUUCCGUACUAGCACUACUACUACUGUCUUUGGGGUACAUAAAAACUAACUCUUGUGAAGUGGUGUGGAAAGAGUGUUGUCAUUGUUCAGUGGGAGUGCAUGUGGUUUUCAAUUGUUCUUCAAGAGUGUCUGAGCUCCGAUGAACUUGUCAGUUGUUUCUGUAAACAGAUGUUCAUGGGAUUCUAUUGGCCAAUUGUGGUGGUUCCUCUAGGAUAUGAAUCCAAAUUUGAGUUUGCAGGAGUCGGGAUGACAUUAUAAAGACUUGGUAGGAGCUAGAAAACAGCGGCAGCUCGUCGGGUUGGUUUGUGAUUUCGAUAGCAAUAGGUUGCUUUUGUGGAAGAAAAGAAGAGGAAGGGUGUAAAAUGUCAAUCAAUAGAUAGGUGUGGAAGAUGGAUGGAGGUUAGUAGGUAAAUUGGUAGGUUGGUUUGGGCGGGUGAGAUGGCAGCUACCUAAGUUAGGCUUAGCUUCUGGAGGAGUUUAAUGCCGCCAUUUCAACAACCAAAUGGAUUCCCUUUACAGUUUUUAAGAGAACAAGCAUGUAAAGCAUCUUGCCGGGCCGCUGGGGAUAAAGUCGUCGGGUUGCACGAUCAGAUCGAUCGAUACAACCUGUUAAAUGCAUGUGGCGGCUGACAUUUCUGUGUGCAUUUGACAACUGAAAGAAAUUUCAGAAUGUAUGAUGUAACGAAAUCAACAUGUGUUGCGUCUUUCUCAUUAUAGGACUAACUAGAUUCAGAUUUUUGACCAACCGAGUCACUGAAAUCUGGUGAGUUUUCCGGUAACAAAGUC